AUUAUCAUUAAUUAUUACGGUUUGUUUUCCUCUUCUUCUGAGUGGAUAUAUAUAUAUAUUAUAUAUAUAUUUACAUACAUAUAUAUUAUAUAUAUAUAUACUUUAAUUCUUAUUCGAAAUGCGUUAAUAGUAAGAAGAAAACAAACAAACUAUAUAUAUAUAUAUAUUAACUACAAUUUAUAACCAACAGUCAUAAUAAAAUGACUGGGAACGGUGGACCUCAAGGGAAAAACCCCACAACGGAAUAUAUCAUGUCACGGAGGAAAAAGAGAUUAAAACGACUAUUAAAUCGCUAUGAGUUUGAUAAUGUUGAACUGGAAAAGUUAUACAAGAGAUAUAUAUACAAACUACAGCAAACCAGUAUCGGUUAUAUGUUAGCCGUGUUUAUAUUAUUAACAAUCUGCUUGGCAGCCCUCAAUUUUUUCUACCUCCUUUAUCCGACCAUUCGGAGCAUCUAUUUGUUAUUACAAUGCCUUUUCUUCAUUGCUGUUUUCGUCUUCAUCAAUACCCGCUAUAUGGAAGAAACGUAUUUCAUACCCCUCUGUUACGUCCUUAUGUUUUUCCUCGUCAUAUUUGCCACGAUGUCUUUCCCCAUUCCAUUCGGCGAUCGACCCCCUCUCGAAAGCCAAACCGACUUCAACAACAAAGACAGAGGACACAGUAACACAAUUUAUAAACAGCAUCUAACCAACCAUGACCAUCAAUACAACAACCGCAACGCUAACCCUACAAGCAACGAGCAAAGCGGCACUGAAAACCCUUCCAUACUGAAGCCCUCUUUACCGUCCGGUUUUACAUCUGACAAAGCGGCCGGAACGUACCGGGUCGGUCUCGAGGACGAAGUGGUCACCAAUGUUGUCAACAACGACGCCGUUGCCGGUUCGACCCCUACUCCCGGUAACACUCGUCUAAUCUUACAGAACAGUUACUACCCGGAUAGUAGGUAUUUGUCGCUACCAAUCCAAGGAGUAUGGGAGGUUGCGUUCGUUGUGUUCAUGGUCUAUACACUGAUGCCCAUGCAGAGGAUGGUUUCGGUAAUGUUGGGAAUUCUAUUACCCAGUGGUCAUCUAAUCGUGGCAGGUCUGCUCAGUUCGGAAACUACCGCUAGUGACAGCAUACAGCUAUCACUAUGGAGACAGCUGCUGGCAAAUGGCUUGUUCUUCGCCUGCGUAAACGUGGCUGGGAUAUUUAUCCAUAAUCUCACGGAUCGUACCCAGCGGAAGACCUUCUACGAUACGAGGAACUGUAUUGCUGCACGGCUUGAGAUCGAGGACGAGAAUGAAAAACUAGAAAAAUUACUGCUUAGUGUUCUACCUCAGCACGUUGCUAUGGAAAUGAAAGAUGAUAUUACUACGCCACACCAGGGAAUGUUUCAUAAAAUAUACAUCCAGAGGCACGACAAUGUCAGCAUAUUGUUUGCAGACAUCGUUGGCUUUACCGCUCUCGCUUCUCAAUGCACUGCCCAAGAGUUAGUGAGGAUUCUGAACGAGUUGUUCGGCAGAUUUGAUCAACUGGCUAAGAACAACAACUGCCUACGCAUCAAAAUCCUAGGUGAUUGCUAUUACUGUGUGAGCGGACUGCCGGAAGCCAGGCCAGACCACGCCAAGUGCUGCGUGGAAAUGGGACUGGAUAUGAUUGAUGCCAUUUGCAAAUCUGUGAACCAACAGAUAUUCAAUAAUGUAACACCAUUGCGUCCCUGUGUGAUAAGAAGUGAGUCUUUUAGAAGAUUAACGCAAAACUCUAAAACAAUAAUCAACAAGUUAAGUAGCCAGUGCAAUCCUGACGGAGAUUGUGUAUUUCUGUGUGGGAACAUGUGA